AACAGCGUGAUCGAUUCAGCGAGCCGUGGAAUAGAUCCUUCACGGAAGCAGAUUGACAGAGUGCAGAGAUUCAAGAGCCGGGAACAUUGUAGACCCUGGGCUUGUCUGAAGCUUCUCUCACUUGGGAAGCACUCUUGGAGACCAUUGAGUGACAGAACCACACGCAAAUCACCACCUACCAUGACCGAACGCCGCCCCAUACAGACACCGCGAAACCGCAGCGACACUUCCAACCCUCAUUCACUGUCCCGCAGCUUCGGUGCAAGUCGCGCGUCCAAUGCUGGCCAGAGCUACAUAGCAAGCAUUGCCGAAGAAUCUGUCCGACGAGACCUCGAAGAUGAAGACGACGCCCUCGAGGACGACAAUUCGCAAGAAGUGGGACUUCACCGGACACCAAGCGGCGACUUGGUCUCCACGACCUACGGCUCUCACUCAAUGAUCGGACACUUUCGCCGGCCUUCAUACAUUGGAACGACAGGGCGGCCAUUCCUCGGCGCUCAGAUGCCGGAAGCAGUGAUACCUGUCGAGCAGGAUUGGGAGGCGGCAUUGAGUGAGGAGAGGAGUUUGCUGAGAGACAACAACAUCAUUCCACCAAAACAUCCACGGAGGACAGAAAGUGGUGCGGAAGAGGAAGGCGGGCUGAGGAGGGUUCUGAGUAUGUCAGGCUUCAGUUCGAGGAAGAAGAGCGUGGCUACAGCGGAGAUUGCAGAAGACGAAAACGGACGAGCGAACGAGACAACAGGGCUACUGGGCGCGGAGGUGACUGGAAGAGAUCCCUCGGCGCCCUAUGGCGGAGAGGAUGACCCGGCGAAUAUUGCGAAGAAAUGGGAAGAGGCAGUCCAGAAUGGCCAGAUCCAGACGACGUGGCAGCGGGAGACCAAAGUGCUCGUUCGAUACGCUGCACCUCUGAUCUUGACAUUCGUCUUGCAGACUUCCUUGACCCUGGUCUCGGUAUUCACUGUCGGACAUCUCGGAAAGAUCGAACUUGGCGCAGUCUCGUUGGGCUCGAUGACUGCCAACAUCACUGGCUAUUCCGUCUAUCACGGCCUCUCAACCUCCCUCGACACCCUCUGCGCCCAAGCCUACGGCAGCGGCAAGAAGAAGCUUGUCGGCCUGCAACUCCAACGCAUGAUCUACUUCCUCUGGACCAUCACGGUCCCGAUCGCCGUAGUCUGGCUCUCCGCUACGCAGAUCCUGUCCGCCAUCAUCCCCGAAAAGGAGACCGCCGUGCUCGCCGGCCAAUACCUCAAAGUCCUCAUUAUCGGCGCUCCGGGCUACGCCUGCUUUGAAGCCGGCAAACGAUAUGUGCAAGCUCAAGGCCGUUUCGAGGCUACGCUGUACGUCCUGCUUUUCGCCGCACCGCUUAAUGUCUUCCUGCAUUGGCUCCUGGUCUGGCACCUGAAAUGGGGCUUCAUUGGCUGUCCCAUUGCGGUCGUGACCACGGAGACUCUCAUGCCAAUUCUGCUGUUCCUAUACGUUCGCUUCGUCGGAGGGAUGGAGUGCUGGCCUGGCUUCACAAAGAAAGCGUUCACGAACUGGGGCCCAAUGAUCCGCCUCGCCAUCCCAGGUCUCAUCAUGGCCCUCGCCGAAUUCCUCGCAUUCGAAAUUCUCACUCUGGCAUCCGCCCGAAUCUCCGCGACGCACUUGGCCGCCAACACUGUUUUGCAAUCGCUUUCCGUGCUAACAUAUCAACUUCCCUUUCCUCUCUCCAUCGCAGUCUCCACCCGUGUUGCGAAUCUCAUCGGUGCGGGUCUGCCCGCCGCCGCACAGGUCACCACCAACGUCGCUUUCGCCAUUGGCACAAUCUUGGGCGUGUUCAACAUGAUUGCGCUGUCGCUCCUACGACACAAGAUUCCCUGGCUGUUCAGCUCGGAAGCGGACGUCGUGGCUUUAGCAGCGGCUUGUCUGCCUGUCAACGCUGCGUUCCAGCUCUUUGACAGUCUGGCGGCGCAGUGCAACGGUAUCCUGAGAGGAUUGGGCAAGCAGGAGAUCGGAGGGUACAUCAAUCUGUUCGCAUACUAUGCGAUCGCUCUGCCAAUCUCCUUCGCUAUGGGCUUCGCUCUGCAUUACGACCUCCUUGGCCUGUGGGCUGGUCCCGCUAUUGGUCUGGCUAUCGUUUCGUUGUUUGAAGGCGCUUAUAUCUGGAAGACGUCGUUCGAGAAUGCAUCGGAAGAAGCGGCGAGGAGAAAUGCAGCGGAUUGAUGG